AUGGCGUCGAAGUUCGCACCCUGGGCUCUCCGAAGCGGCGGAAGUGCCCUCCGCAGCUGCGCACGACAGCAACGACGAGCGUUCCAGGUCUCUGCCGCCGCACGAAGCGAGGGCCUCAAUGUCCACCGCGACACCCCCGACAACAACCCCUCCAUCCCCUUCCAGUUCAACAAGCAGAAUUUGAGCCUUAUCGAAGAGGUACUCAGCAGGUACCCGAGCCAGUACAAGAAGGCGGCGGUGAUGCCGUUGCUGGAUCUGGGGCAAAGGCAGCAUGGGUUCACCAGCAUCAGUGUCAUGAACGAGGUGGCGCGGAUACUGGAGAUGCCGCCGAUGCGGGUGUAUGAGGUGGCGACGUUUUACACGAUGUACAACCGCAAUCCGGUGGGGAGGUAUCAUGUGCAGUGCUGCACAACGACACCAUGCCAGCUCAACGGCAGCGACGGCAUCAUGAAGGCGAUCGAGGAGAAGCUCGGCAUCCACCACGGCGAGACGACACCCGACAACAUGUUCACGCUCACCGAGGUGGAGUGUCUGGGCGCCUGCGUCAACGCACCCAUGGUCCAGAUCAACGACGACUACUACGAGGACCUCACACCCGAAAAGACGAAGGACCUGUUGACAGCGCUCAAAGAGGCAGCGGAGAAGACUGGCGCUGGCGGAAACGCGCCCGGUCUAGCAGGCGAGAUGGGCAAGGACGAGGUCAGCGGCAAGCCGACCGGUCAAAAGCAGCCCAACGCUCUCAAACUCGGUGGUGAAGGCUACUCGGCACAAGGCGCAAACAUACCCGCACCCGGCCCGUUGAGCAGCCGUGUGUCAUGCGAGAACUCCAAAGGCCAGACCACAUUAAUGAACGAGCCACCAAGUCCAGAGCAGGUGUUUAGGCAGGACGGCGAGCUCUAG